AUGCAGAUCCAGAGGACAAGUUUCAACGCCCUCAACAGUACCUUUGUCGUCGAUGCAGACUACUCGUUUGUCAAGGAGCUCGGGCAAGGUGCCUACGGAUGUGUGGUGGCAGCCAAGCAUCGCCAAAGCGGGGAGGGUUGCGCGAUUAAAAAGAUCACCAACAUCAACAAUAAGCGAAUCCUCACCAAACGCUGCUUGAGGGAGAUUCUCCUAUUACAUCAUUUCAAGGGACACAAGAACAUUACCCACCUCUACGACAUGGACAUUGUCUUUGAUGCCGCGGGCGGUUUCAACGAGGUCUACCUCUAUGAGGAGCUGAUGGAGGCAGACCUACAUGCGAUUAUCCGCUCUGGCCAGCCUCUCACAGAUGCUCACUUCCAGAGCUUCCUCUAUCAGACCCUGUGUGGCCUCAAAUACAUCCACAGCGCCAAUGUUCUCCACCGCGAUCUCAAGCCCGGAAACCUUCUGGUCAACGCUGACUGCGAACUCAAAGUCUGUGACUUUGGCCUCGCCCGGGGGUAUACGCCCGGCGGUGGGGCCUCCCGCGCUGCUGGAAACCAGGGGUUCAUGACUGAAUACGUCGCUACACGGUGGUACCGGGCGCCUGAGAUAAUGCUCAGCUUUGCCAACUACUCGACAGCGAUUGAUAUCUGGUCGAUCGGCUGUAUUCUCGCGGAGCUUUUAGGCGGUAAACCCAUCUUCAAGGGGCGGGACUACGUAGACCAGCUGAAUCAGAUCUUGCACUACCUGGGCACCCCCUCGGAGGAUACCCUCCGUCGGGUGGGUUCUCCCCGGGCCCAGGACUAUAUUCGUUCGCUGCCGAUCAAGCCUCGCGUCGCCUUCUCGACGCUCUUUCCCAAUGCCAACCCCCUCGCCAUCGACCUCCUUGGUCGCAUGCUCUGCUUCGACCCGGCGAAGCGCAUCAACUGCGAGCAGGCGCUCGCUCACCCCUACUUCCAAGCCUGGCACGAUCCAUCCGACGAGCCUGUGUGCCAAACGACCUUUGAUUUCAGCUUUGAGGAGGAGGACAGCAUCGAGGGCAUGAAGAAGCUCAUCGUUGAAGAAGUAACUGCAUUCCGCGACGAAGUCCGCCAGCAAAUGCGUGGUGGUGGCCAAGUCCGCCGCCAGGAGAGUCUGCCUCUCCCGUCUCGCGAUGAGAUAAUCAACAGCCCCAUCCAAGAACACGGGCCCUUCCAUGGGACCACCUCUGGCUUUACCGCGCCAAAUGCACCACGCCCACCCAGCCCCAUGAUGGACGACCCCAGCGAGCAACUCGAGCGGGAGUUGGCACGUGGCCUCUGA